UUUGGGUGUGCGUGUGUUUUUUCUUUUCUUUUCUUUUCUAGGGUUUUAAUACGCUUCUGUGAACCUUGACCUGACACCACCGGCAGAGAGAGAGAGAGAGAGAGAGAGAGAGAGAGAGAGAGUUUGGAGUUUGGACGAUGGUAGGUUGCUCGAGAAGCGGGUUUCCCAAGUGGAUCCCCGCUGCCACCAGGGUCGAGUUUGAUGGCGCCUCGUCGGCAAAUGCAUCGAAGUCGGAAGCCCAGUCCACCUCGUCCUCGCCGUCGCCCUCCGCUGCUCAUCUCGUCUCCUCUUCGCCCGACUUCCAGAUGGGAUUCGGGGAGAGGGCGCUCUCUGCCGCGGGUGCCGCUGUGAUAUCAGCCAUCCUUGUGAAUCCCCUCGACGUUGCAAAGACGAGGUUGCAGGCGCAAGCAGCUGGGGUUGCAUAUUAUCCCAUGCAGCAUCAGUACGGAAGAAGCAUGGCGUCCAUCGGCCCAACAACAAUAAUUUCAGAUUUGAGAUGCUCCCCAUCCUGCAAUCGUGCUGCUAUAUUUGGCACUGAAUCUAUUUGCCCUCCUGACUGUUUCCAGUACAAGGACACAAUGGAUGUUUUCAAUAAAGUUGUUAGACAAGAAGGUUUUGCUAGAUUGUGGAGGGGUACAAAUGCAAGCUUAGCAUUAGCUGUACCAACUGUAGGAAUAUACUUACCCUGCUAUGACAUAUUCCGCAAUUGGAUGGAGGAGUUCACUUACCACAAUGCUCCAAUUUUGACACCUUAUGCACCUUUAUUUGCCGGCACACUUGCACGUUCAUUAGCAUGUAUUUCUUGUUCACCAAUUGAGUUGGCAAGAACACGUAUGCAGGCGCAUAAAGAAUUUAAAGUUGGAGUAAAACCCCCUGGAAUUUGGAAAACACUAGUUGGAGUACUAUCUUCUCUCCGUACGAAUGACAACAGUGGCUUCCGAGGAUACCGUGUUCUAUGGACAGGUAUGGGGGCACAACUUGCUCGUGAUGUUCCCUUUUCUGCCAUAUGCUGGCCAACUCUUGAACCAAUCCGUCGAAGAUUACUUUCACUAGUCGGUGAUGAAGGCAAUGCUGCUAGUGUUUUAGGGGCGAACUUCUUAGCUGGUUUUGCAGCCGGGAGUCUUGCUGCCUUUGCCACAUGUCCUCUCGAUGUUGCAAAAACAAGGAGACAAAUUGAGAAAGAUCCAUCAAGAGCACUAAAUAUGACGACGAGACAGACACUGGCAGAGGUUUGGAGGACUGGAGGCGUCAGAGGUCUCUUUACUGGUGUAGGUCCUCGGGUCGGACGAGCAGGUCCUUCUGUCGGCAUCGUAGUCUCCUUCUAUGAAGUCGUCAAGUACAUUUUAUAUCAGAGAAACACAGAUUCAUGAAAGA